AUGCACUUCAACUCGUCGUAUCCUUCUAAUGACUUCGCCUUACGGCAAGCCAUACUGCAAGGCAAAAGCGGAAAUACCAUGGCAACCAAGAAGCCACGCCAGCUGGUAUCACAGCCUGUUCAUGCGGAAGACUUGAGGCGCAGGCUCUACGUCGUCAUCUCGGAACAGAACUCGGCCAGGGAGAAGAGGCGGCGGGAUCGGGCAGAAGCAAUGGCCUACAGAAAAAGAACCGCAGAGCAACCACACCAGGAGGAGGAUAUUACCAAUAAAGAUGAGGCAUCCGCAAAAGUGGAGAGGAUUGCAAAUGAACCCGGUGUCGGCGUUCGAACUUCGACUAUAAUCAAGUCAGACUCUAUUAUAGUUCCAGAGAGCACCGACGACUGGAACACGGAGAAGGAAGCACAGCUAGACUUUGGAGAUGCAAUUAAGAGAAUCGACACAGGUCGGGAACUGCGUUCGAAGAUCGUGUCGAGGAGCCAGAUACCCAAGGAGCCAUACCACCAUGUACCCUCAGAAGCAGCAACCCAGUUUGCGCGGACGGCGACGGCUAAGGGACUGAAGGACAAGAGUUCCAUACACGAUCUCUCACAUCAGGCAAUGAAGGCUCACAGGGAAGGUCACUUGACGGAUGCAGGGAAGAUGCCGGCGGAUCACAACCGUGAACUACGAAAGGUGCGAAGUUACCAGGAGAAACUCUUCAAGCGGAACCAGUUCCAAAACACCCGUGCCCUUGAGGAAUCCGUUGGAGGGAACGCGCCGAGGAGUGCAAAACAGCGACACACAAUACCCAAUGGCUAUUCCGAUCUGCCUGCAACGAGGAGGUUCAGCGGCCUGCGAGAGUCGCUCGACGAGAGGGCGACAAACACCCACGAAGCCAUCCCCGAAAACGCCGUCGUGGACCUGACCACUGUGAACCUGUACCGUGCCGACUGGACGCAAAGCGACGAGAUUCAGGACAGGCGCAAGGGGAUGAAGAGCCCGCUGCUGAGGAAAGCAGAUUCUCUAUGGGGUCUGAAGGAACGGUUCACCAAGCACGGACGGGAAGCGCGGGAAGGACAUCAUGGAUCAGAGAAGAUCCAGGCUAUCGCGCUCAAAUCUCCCAAGAGCGGAAUCUUUGGCAGAUUUAAGAGACAACUGGCUACUGUUGUCGCAUAG